CGGCGUCCCGGCUUUCAGCAUCGAUGCAUCGGCAUGUCAAAAUUUUGCAAUCUGAUAACUGAAGUAACUGAACCAACGCAGCUAAGGCAAUUAUUUAGAAUUUCUUUAAGUUUGUCUCCCUAUUUAUUACUUUUAUAGCUAAUUGCGAAUUAUCCCGUUCUCUCUUUCCUAUUCUGUUUCCGUAAUCUAGUCUGCGAAAUCAAGUGUGAGUCGGCACGAUAACUCUGUAGAAGAAGCUAUGGCGUCGUGAACCUGUGAGCACGUUUUCUGUACAUAUCGGAAGGAAGAAAUGCCGUUUGCAAUCAUGACCAUCAUUCCUGUGAUAUGUCUUCUAUUUAUACUUAGCUCAGUCAACUGCCAACAACGAGAACCAUCCAUAUCUUACAUUUCGCCAGAGCAAGAGAAAGAUGUCGGAAGCUCGGCCAGCUUUGAUUGCUCUGUCAUGAACGAAGGGGGACGCUCUGUUAUCUGGCAGAAGUCUAACCCGCUGAAACCAAGUUCAUCAACUCCAGUUACAAAUGGUGGUCACCUGAUGGUGCCGGAGUUGGGGCGCAAGUAUGAAAUUAAACGAACUGAGGACAAGCCAACCUCAACAGUCACUUACCAGUUGAAGGUGAAGGAUAUUAAGGUGAAAGAUGCAGGUGUGUACCAAUGUCUAGUUAUGGAUCCACCUAAUGAUUCAAUCACGAAGGAGGUCAGUUUGCAGGUCCGACAAUCGCCUGUUAUCUCGGAAAACUCCACUAAGACUAUCACUGCAGAAGAAGGCAAAAUGGUUCGCCUUGAAUGUCUUGCCAGUGGAUAUCCUCCUCCAAAAAUCACGUGGAAGAGAAAGAACAGUGCUGUCAAACCAACUGGUGCCCAAACUACCAAUGAGCAAGUUUUUCGCUUCCAAAGUGUGAGUAGAACCGACCGUGGAGUCUAUUAUUGCACAGCUGAUAAUGGUAUAGGCAAGAAUGUGACAAGGGAAAUGAUAGUGGAAGUUGAAUUCAAGCCUGUGAUCACAGUCCCUGAGGCGCGAAUUGGGCAGUCGCUGAAGUAUGAUAUCGAUCUGGUGUGCCGUGUCGAAGCAUACCCAUCGCCAACUAUCACCUGGUACAAGGAUGGCAUCCAACUCAACAGCAAUGAACACUACAGCAUCUCUCAGGCUGUGAAAGCUUCAGAGUAUGCCGGACACACUGAUGCAGUCAUUCGCGUUUUGUCAAUUGAGAAACACCAAUAUGGCCGUUAUGAAUGCAAAGCAGGAAACCAGCUAGGCGUUGCAAGCGCUACUGUUGAACUGUUUGAAUCAAAGGAACCCAAUCUCGCAUUUCGGGGAGUCCUCAAUUCAGCCGACAGGAGUAGCUCUCAUCUUAGCCUUCUAUAUUCGUUCCUGUCCUCAGCGUUACUUCUGAAAUCAGUAAGUUCUCUCUAAUAUUAUUUUUGCCUCUCUCAAGUGGCAGUCAAAACAAUGCGGAGACCAAUCAUGUAAAAGGUAAGCUUUACCUUCCUUAUAUUUUCUCCUGAUUUUCAUAGUCGGGUUUGUUACCUUUUGUUCUUGAAAGUUAACCAUUCAGUCAUUGAGUUUCAUCGUUCGUUUUGCGGGAAAUUUUUUUUUGUUUUCCAUUGAUUUUCUUAUCCGCAGCUCAAGGUCUGUGCACUUGAUAUUUUCUCUCUUUUUUUUUUACCUAGGAUUUUUCCUGUACCUGACCAAGGAGUAAUACCUUUUAUGUCUCAUUCCUCAUGGUUGUAUCUAGUUACAUUUUUGUUCCCUUUCCAAGAAUCAUAGUCUCGUAAGACUAAGAUCUUUUUUUGUAUUUUGAAGAAGUCGAGCAUUCACUGUAAUUAAUUUUCGCCUAAUUGGCGGUUCAUUCAGGUGAGAAAGCACAAGGUGCAGUUAAAUUCAGUGAGACUCAGCAAGCUUGACAUGUUUGCGAGCAGAAACUCUAAGAUAACUAUUUCUACUUUAGCCUACAUUAAAUGGUACCCGUGUUUCGUUUUAACACAUCAAAUGCAAAACAUUUAUGCGAAGUGGCAAAUUUUCUGCCACACCCUUAGCCAACCACCUUUUUUGGCAUGAACUUAGAUUUUUGAUGCUUGAUCACUCAUUAGAGCUCAAUUUCGUAGUUUCUUUUCGGAAUCUACUGAUCCAGUGGUUUUUCAAUAUCUCGGUCAAAUUGUUUUAUCAUCCUCACCAUUUUGGACGUGCUUGUGUUCAAUUGAAAGUUAUGAGCAAUACUAAUUUGUAUUAUUUAAUGCUAAAAGCUUUUAAACAGGGGGCAGAAAAUGCUGACAUGCGACUUCCUGGAGCUUAAGAAAUCCUUAAGCCCAGGUGGAAAGCUUUUGAUUUAAUUUUGUACUCCCUUUUUUGGCGGAGUGAGGGAAUUUUAAGGCUGAAAUUAAGAAUAGUUUUCUCUCUCAGGAAUUUUUCCCACCCCUGGUUUAAAUGCCUCAUGCCUUUUGUAUAAAAAUGCUGAAAAGGCAGCCUUCCUAGUCAGAAUAAUAAGCACUUAAUACCGUUUAAUCUGUCAUAAGUUGGAGGGAUAAGAUUGAUUAUUUAAAAGUUUAAAAAGCCAGCUUCUUUAUUCUAACGGAUCUUUAAGAAUUUAAACCGUCAGCUGUUUUUUGACUCCUGCUUAAUUUCAUCACUACAGUUGUAAUGUUGGUUGCCAACACCCUGAGUUUUCAUCUGCCAAAUCAUUUGGUUCUGCAUUCAAAGUUCAAGUGACUACAAAAAUGUAUACUAGUUCUUCUCAACCACUCGAUCACACAUUUUCAGCUCGAAAACCAACAGCACUUUAGAUAUUAUCUGAAUUUUUUAUCAUUCAAUAGCAAUUGAGAAGUCUCUAUUGAGAAUCACUCGACUUAAAUUUAAAAAUGGAAUACUUUACAAUCAUGAAAGUAGCAGAACUUUUGCUAUGUUUUCAUAAAUGUGCUGCCCAAAACUUAUGUUGUAACUCUCACUGCCUGAUAAGAAUAAUGUGAAAUUUGCGCAGUUGUAGGAUAUAAUUUUUUUUUUUUUAAAAAAAUGAGAGAAAUGAAAAAUGUUGUCUUUUCCCAAGGCGUGCAGGCCUAUUUGGUUGCCUACUAUAAUACCUCAUACAAUUUACCUUCUACACUUCUUUUUUAUCUGCAUAACUGCAUCUUCAGUUUACAUUAGCCUGUGAAAUUUUUUUCUGAUACUCAUUUGUAAGCGUUGAAAUAUUCUAUUCAGUAGUCUUUUUAGGGAUCAUCCUCAUUGGUAUAGCUUUACCUAGAAGUUUGUUUUUGGCUUUCAGCAACAAAAGCGUUACGUUCCAUCACAUUCUCGUUAGCUUACAGCAUAUAUUUGUUUUUAGUCCUAAGUUAUUUUUUUAUGUUUUUGUUAAUUUUUUUAGUUUUCCAGAAGAAAAAAGUUUUUUUUUUUUUUUUUUGUAGAACCAACAUUCCAUAGGUUAUUCUGACUAAAGGAUGCCAGAAAUAAAAAUUGCAUCCUAAGAAAUUCAGAUCUCGACGAAUCCUUUUCAUCUUGGCUUUCUGAUGAAUGAAUUUUCAUCAAUAUUGAUGGAAAAUACUUUAACAUCACAGAUAAGUACAAAUCGUGUUGAGACCGUUCAUUCACUCUUAAUAUGAAGUAUUUUGACUGUAUACCUACGCCCCCCCCCCCUUCUGGCCUUUAUUCAAAUAAAAUAAGAAAAUAUUGCACUGACCGAAAGAAACUAUAUCUCAGGACAUAGAAUAUUUUAGGCACUUGGAAAAUCUUUAAAAUUCCCUCCUGUAGGUGUGAACUGGAGGUCUGACUUGACUGCUAAGAGAGUACUUAUAGCUAAUUAGUGGAUAAACCACAUCCAUCUGAGAGCCCAAGUGGUUUAUGAGCGAACAAGCUUGUUUUCGUCUUGCUCAGUAGUUUCCUACCGAUAACGGAAUGAUUAGCUUUUCCCUAUAUUUUCUUCUAUAUAAUUUUGAAGCUUUGUUUUUCCUAUUUUCUCAAUGCAGUUUUGAAUGGCAGAACCUAUAUUUUCAAAGAGAGAAAGACGCUUUUUUAUGAUAUCCUGAAACAAAGAAUGAUAGAAGGAUUUGCUUUUUCUUGAAUUUUUAAUUAUUUUGCCCUCUUGUAAGUUCUGCAAUUUUUGUGAAGGUUUUUUGCUGAGUCCCUGCGUUUGCGUAAGAUUUUUCAUCUCGGAAGAUUUAUUUAUUUACUCUAUUGUAAAGAUUAGGAAAAACUUUGCUCAAUAUUUUAUGGUUAUUCUGUAUUUGCAGCGUAGCUGUACCCUUAAGACUAUUCUAAGAUGAACUUUUUUUCUUUACAAUCUUAAGCAUCUUAUGAAGUACUCAUGAAUUUUUUUAAUAUUGACUUUGGUGAUGAAUUUUUCAGUAUUAUUUCUAUUGACGCCAACAAUAAAUUUGUGUAGUAAUAUUUGGGUUGUUCAAAAUUUCUUUUGUGAUAAUUAUUAUGUAAUCAUUGUACCAUUUUCUAAUAGUUAAGUAAUUUCAUUAAGCUUUUUUGCGCUGGAAAAGUCAUAAUAUUUUAGCUCUCUAUGACCCACCAUUCUUUUUAGAUUUUACUCAAGCAUUUAAUAUUGAUAGCGAGGCAAACUCAUCUUGAUACAGUUCACUAAUUGAAUUUCAUUUCAUUAUUCUUCAAUACUUUAAGUAUGUGCUGAGCCCACCAACUCCCCUCAAUAGAUUUUUCUUGCUUUAAACCCGGUAAUCACUCAAACUCAAUAUUAGAGAUUAUCCACUUUUCCGACUCCUGGAAGUCUUGUUACUCUUCCCAGUUUUCCAUUGAAAUUUUUAUUCUUUAACUCUACGGGUCAUUGAAUUCUAAUUCGAAUUUGUUAUUGUGCAUCUGUAAGGUUUUGUCUUAUAAAGGAUCUCUUUUUUCCCCCACCUUCACUUUUUUUUCUUCGUUGUAUAAGAUUCAAAGCAGCGCUUCUUGUUUAGGAGUAAAGUGAGAGUUGUUAUCGUAAGUUAUACUUUUACCAAAGGUUUUGCUCUCUUACUUAACUUGUAUCUCUGUCAAGUGUAAAUGUGGUUAUUUUUACUCACUAUUCCAUUGUUUUUCUUUAAUUUGUAGGUACACUCCCUUAGUUCUCGCAAAAACAUAUCUAGAACUCCAUGUGGAGGUGUUGAUGUAUUUCUGUAUAAAAUAUUUUUCCUUUUCAACUCGUGGUACAUUCCGGAAGUUUUGUUGAAAUUUGUAAGCUUGGAAUUUCGAAUCUGUUCACUGUUGCCUGUUUCAAUCCUCAAGCCUGACCCUAAAAUGUAAUAAAUAUAUGUGUUCAAGCGGAAACAUACUAACUCUAUUGCAAUAGUCAGACUUUCCUUCCGUAUUUUUUCCCCCCAAGGGAAAACUCGCAAACUGUUAUGCUGGAAUUUUUCUGAGAAUUUUCAUCUUGCUGUCCUAGUCGCUCUGAGAAUUCAAGAAAUUCUGUGCUCAUCAUUUAAGGGAUAUCUCAAACCCAAAUUCUGGAACGAAGAAUUAGAGUUUACCGAUUUUUGUUGUGUCUGUCAACGUUUAAUUUUCGUUUUUGUUUCCCUUUCAUCACUCCCCUCACUCUCCAUUUCAAAUCAAUUAGCGUCACCAAAAGCUAUGCGUAGUUGAAAGAUUCAUUUUUCCAGAAGUAUUUACACUCUUCAUGCAGUUGACUCAGUGAGCAUUCGUGGCUUUUUUUCAUGUCAAAAAUGCUCUCCUCGAGUGUCCCUUGAAUUUCUGACAUCCAAUGAAUAUUCCUGAAACGUUAGGAGAAGAAAACCAAUCUCCUGCAGCCUUUUAUAUACGUCAUGACUUUUGAAACUCUAGUUUUACAGUAAGUUACACGAUUCUUCAGUUCCAUUUUACAAACCAAGACAUUAAUACUCUACAGGAAAUACACCUUCUCAAGGACUGAUCAGCAUUGAACAUGAUUCGAGCUCCUCCAAACACUGCUCCUAGUUAGCACCAAUUUUUUAUUUUUUCAAAGUAAGAAGUUAGUUUUAUUUCAUUUGUAUUACUAUUCUUUUUAACUAUCAAAGUAUUUAUGACAAACAAAUUGCUUUUUUUUUAAGCAUUUCUACCUUUUAUUGUGUUUAAUAUAUAUUCAAAAGCAAUAACAUUUAUCGCUUGUUGUUUUUCAAUGUUUGUUCUAUUGUUUAUUCUAUAAGUUAUAUUUUUUGCAUAUCCAAGUCUUUAAUUAUCGUAACUUCUUAUUUGUACCUUCUUUAUAUUGCGCCUUGUUUGUAUUUUAUCAUUCUCUCACUUGUGAUUAGGUUAAGGCAGAUGCUCCGAGAUACACCGAAUGCAAAUAACUCGUACCUAUUCUCAAGUAAUCUAUGGUGUAGAUUUUUUUUUUAGCUCGUAGUAUUGAAACAUUGUCACCUCUGCAUUUUGCGAUUUACCUUAAUAAAUAUUUCAUUGAGCUCUAUGAA